GGUGAAUUUAUCGACAUAAGUUUAAAAGUGGGUGAUACACUUUUCCCAGCUCACCGAGUUGUUCUUGCGUCGUAUAGCGAUUAUUUCCACGCUAUAUUUACUGAUGGGAAAGAAGCGAACCAGGAACUGAUCGAACUGAAAGAUAAAAGCAUUUCACCGGAGAUAUUCAAGAUCGUUAUGGACUCCAUCUACAGUGGUGACCUUCAUGUCAACCAGAGGAACGUAUCUGAGGUUCUUCUCACAGCUAGUCAGCUUCAAAUCGCGAGUGUUGUUCAUCUGUGUUGGGAUUUCCUAAAGAAGGAAUUCAAAGAAAAUGGAAUUGACCUCAAGAACUACUCCGUGCUGUGUGCUGUCGCCGAAAGACUCGGUCUCAGAGAUCUGCAAGAGGCCGCAGAGGCCAAGAUGGCAUCCAUUUACAAAGAUGUUUGCGAAAGUAAAGAAUUCCUUACUCAUAUCAAUGCAGAUCAACUACACAGCCUUCUUGGUCGAGAUGACCUCAAUUCACCCUCUGAAGCCUUCGUCUUCAAAUCGGUGAUCAAGUGGAUCAAAUACAAAGGGGAAGAGAGGAUGCCAGUUGCUGGAAAAGUUAUCGGAGCUGUUCGUCUGGGGCUAGUAGACGUGAAGAUUGUGAUUGAAGAGUUGAAUACAGAUGAAAUGCAGCGAGUUCCCGAGGUGAACAUUCAUUUGCAAGAAUCCAUGAUGCAUCGUUGCAUGCCUUCACAUGAAUUUGCUGCAUAG